CGGCUCGAAUGGCUCUUCCGCCUCUUGCUCUCUUGGCGCCUUGUAGUUCUUGGGCGCAUCGGUCGCGACAUUCUCGUCGCCAGACUCGUCGUCCGAACUGUGGUAGUACUUCUGACGCUUGACCUUCUUUUUUUCCUUCUUCGGCGCCCCCUUCCUCAUCUCCGCCUCAGUCCGUCUGCGCUUGAGCGAUGUGUUCACCAUUGUGGCUGUGUGUUGUGACUUUCGGUGGUGGAAAACGCUCGAGGUAUACCUUCCAGAACUUUUUUUCCCAGCAUGCGUCGGCGGUCAGGGUUCAAUUCACCGAACGCCAAGGGCCCCGCCCCGCAAUCCAUCGAUUCCCCACUGAACACCAAACAUCGCCGCAUCGCCGCAUCGCCGCAUCGCAACCCACACGUACACGCUUCCAUCCCCGUCAACCAUACCACAACCGCCGCCAUGGUGCUGCAAGAUCUCGGGCGGCGCAUCAAUGCCGCCGUUUCUGACCUCACACGGUCGCCGAACCUCGACGAGAAGGCUUUCGAGGCCAUGCUGAAGGAGAUCUCCAAUGCACUCGUCGAAGCCGAUGUCAACAUCAAGCUGGUCAUGAACCUGCGCCAAUCCGUCAAGCGCACAAUCGACUUCAAGAACCUCGCGCCCGCUGUCAACAAGAAGCGCCUUAUCCAGAAGACCGUCUACGAUGAGCUCGUCAAGCUCGUUGACCCGCACGCCGAGCCCUUCAAGCCGAAGAAGGGCAAGCAGAACGUCAUCAUGUUCGUUGGUCUGCAGGGCUCUGGUAAAACAACAUCGUGUACGAAGCUCGCAAGAUGGUAUCAGGCCAGGGGGUUCAAGGCGUGUUUGGUCUGCGCGGAUACCUUCCGUGCUGGUGCCUUCGAUCAGUUGAAGCAGAACGCUACCAAGGCAAAGAUCCCUUACUACGGUAGCCACACCGAGACGGACCCCGUCGUCGUCGCAGCUGAGGGUGUGGAGAAGUUCAAGAAGGAGCGUUUCGAGAUCAUCAUCGUGGAUACUUCUGGACGACACAGCCAAGAGCAGGACCUUUUCGACGAGAUGGUCCAGAUCCAGAAUGCCGUUACGCCCGAUCAGACAAUCAUGGUUCUCGACGCUACAAUCGGUCAACAAGCCGAAGCGCAGGCCCGCGCCUUCAAGGACGCAGCAGACUUCGGAGCCAUCAUCAUCACCAAGACCGACGGUGCUGCAGCAGGUGGCGGUGCCAUCUCCGCUGUCGCCGCAACACACACCCCCAUCGUCUUCCUCGGAAACGGAGAACACAUGCUGGACCUCGAGCGUUUCAGCCCCCAGCCCUUCGUCUCCAAGCUGCUCGGCAUGGGUGACGUCGCCGGUCUCGUCGAACACGUACAAUCGCUCAAGCUCGACCAGAAAGACACGAUGAAGCACAUCGUCGAGGGCAAAUUCUCCAUCAAGGACCUCCGCGACCAGCUCUCCAACAUCAUGAAGAUGGGCCCGCUCAGCAAGAUGGCUGGAAUGAUUCCCGGGCUGAGCAAUAUGAUGGGGGGUAUGGACGACGAGGAGGGUAGCACGAAGCUCAAGCGUAUGAUCUACAUUUGCGACAGUAUGACGGAGAAGGAGCUCGAGAGCGAUGGCAAGAUGUUCAUUGAACAACCCACGCGAAUGACCCGUAUCGCUCGUGGAUCCGGCACGAGCGUACGAGAAGUCGAGGAGCUGCUCACACAGCACAAGAUGAUGGCAGGAAUGGCCAAGCGCAUGGGCGGAAUGCACAAAGGGAUGCAGAAAGCUCAGGGCGCCAUGGGUGGCCUUAACCAGAAGCAGCAGAUGGCCGCUAUGCAGAAGCGAAUGCAGUCCAUGGGCGGAGCUGGACGGGGCGCAGGAGCAGGGAUGCCCGAUAUGUCGGCGAUGAUGAAGAUGCUUGGAGGUGGCGGGGCUGGAGGGGGCGGGAUGCCAGACAUGUCGGCGCUUCAGAACAUGAUGGGUGGCCUCGGAGGGGGCGGCGGCAUGCCAGACAUGUCGCAGAUGAUGAAUAUGAUGAAGGGAAUGGGAAUGGGAGGCGGCGCUCAGGGCGGGCGAGGAAGGCGGUAGUCCAUGGUUACAGAUGAGACGAGACUUUGGAUUCUGCUUUUCUGUGCAUAGCCGCGGCGUUCAGGUUGGGCGGGUUUGACCUCUCACAGGUAACACGCUGGAGGUACGUAGAUCUAUGUUGUAACUGGUCGUCUGCUGAUGACGAAGAAGAAGCAGUGCAUGUAGAGAGUGAUGAUCAAAGAUUGAAUGCAAGAUAC